AUGGGUAAAACUGUGAGCAACAAAGGGCUUGUUUGUAACCCCCAGGUCUACAUCCCUCAGGCAACUCUUUUCAAAAUUUGCAUUCAUUCCUCUUCUUCCUUAUUUUUUUUUAUAGCUGACAGGCAGGAAGGAAUUGGUGUCUGUGGCUGGAUCCUGGUUUCCCUUUCAUUCCUCCUGGUCCUUAUUACCUUUCCUAUUUCCAUCUGGGCAUGUAUCAAGCUAGUUAUCAGAGAAUAUGAACGUGUUGUUGUAUUUCGUCUGGGACAUAUACUGUCUAAGAAAGCAAAGGGACCAGGUAUGAUCCUCAUACUUCCAUGUACAGAUACAUUGAUCAAGGUUGAUCUUAGAACAGUUACCUGUAACAUUCCUCCACAGGAGAUUCUCACGAAAGAUGCCAUUACUACCCAAGUUGAUGGGGCGGUGUACUACAGGAUCCACAGUGCUGUCAGUGCCAUUGCUAGCAUCACUGAUGUCCACUCAGCUACCUUCCUCUUGGCACAGACAACCCUAAGAAACGUUCCGGGUACACAGAGUUUGGCUCAGCUCCUGGCAAGUCAGGAGGAGAUUGCACACAGUAUCCAGGCUAUCCUCGACAGCACCAUGGAGCAGUGGGGAGUCAGAGUGGCCCAAGCGGAGAUCAAAGAUGUCAGGAUUCCCGUGGCCUUGCAGAGGCCAAUGGCAGCUGAAGCAGAGGCUGCUUGAGAGGCAAGCGCUAAGGUGAGAUCCACAGCAAUGUCUACCCCCUCAAGCUCCCGUAUCCUUGUCCCAGGCAUCCAAGUGCCUGUUUGUUUUCUCCUUAUAGUAAAGGUGGAUUUUCACCACUAUGCAUCUGGCACCAUUUCCAUUUCUCUUACUCUGCAGGUUGUGGCAGCAGAGGGAAUGAGUGCUUCUAAAACCCUCAAGCAGGCCUCCAUGGUGCUGGCUGAAUCUCCAGCAGGUCUUCAGCUGCACUACCUGCAAACUUUAACAACCUUGGCAGCAGAGAAUAAUUCCACCAUUGUCCUUCCUCUCCCUAUAAAUGUGCUUGAGAGUUUGGGGCAGAAAAAUAGAGGGGGAUAG